GGCCGCAAGCCGGGGUAUUUCUCCUUCCUAGACCCCUUCUCGCCGGCUGUGUGGCUCUUCAUGCUCCUGGCCUACCUGGCCGUCAGCUGCGUGCUCUUCCUGGCCGCCAGGCUGAGCCCGUACGAGUGGUACAACCCCCACCCGUGCCUGCGGGAGCGCCCGGGGCUGGUGCAGAACCAGUACACGCUGGGCAACAGCCUCUGGUUCCCGGUGGGAGGAUUCCUGCAGCAGGGCGCCGAGGUGCUGCCCCGCGCCCUCUCCACGCGCUGCGUCAGCGGCGUCUG